AUGGAUAAAUUUACCCCGACGUUCGACUGCGACCGUUUCACCGUUUACAGAACAUGGGAGUGUGAGGGCAGUGUUAUUUACCAGAUGACAACAUGGACCGACGCGGUCGCCUAUGGAUUAUCCUGGGUCUCGCCUACAAAGCUAAACGUCGUCUUCCUUAAGGUGCAGCUGCCGACGUUCCAGGAAUCCUAUGACAAACUGGCAGCAUCUGGAGUGGAGCUUAAUCCAGAUACCCGCAAUGGCUUAAACCAUGAUCUCGGGACCAUGCUAUCACAGAGGAUUGCCCCCUGGGAGGCUAUAUCAGGAAGAGCAAUCAAGGAUUUGUGCCGGGAGCAUCCCAACGAUAUUAUCAUCGCCGCCCCGGAGGUGGUCGGACAUUUACGGAUCUUCUCCAUUGUUUGGGCGCCUCAGGAGAACGACCGGCCAAGGCUGCAAGGGAUGCGGGACUUUGUCCAAGAAAACUUUGCAUGGCAAUUAAGGGAAAGCAAGAUUGAGUCCGUUAUCAGAACACCGGUCCAGUGGAUUGGGGGUACAGCUGCAAGACUAUUUCUAUGGGGCUCAAUGGGCCCAUCGCAAGCUUAG